AUGACAUCACACGUGCGCCAAGACGCUAGAGAAAACGCGGGGAUCGCCCAGGGAAAGAACCGUGGAAAUGGCUAUGGCGCGACAUCAACAUCAUGGCAUCUUGCCGGAAAAACAUGUCCAGUCAAUGGAAAUCUACCCAAAGGGGAACAUGACUUGAUCGAAUGGGAGGAUUUGUUACACUGGCAACGUGACAACGAGUUUAUACCUUCAAGCUAUCGACGAGCGACAUUUUCCUGCUACCGUUCUUUGCAGAGCGUCUUCCGUCUCCACAAUGAAACAGUGAACAUCUGGUCUCACAUCCUAGGCACUAUUGGCUUCCUUUGUGCCCUGGGUGUCUUGGUUGUCUUCAUCCAACGCGAAGAUGUGGAGAGCGCAGAUCAUCUCGCGGUGCUGAUCUACUUUAUAUCCGUCAUUGCAUGCUUUUUCUUGUCCAUUGUGUACCACAUCUUCCUGGAUCACAGCCAAUAUAUUCGGACAUGGACCGGCCGAUUGGACUGCCUUGGCAUCGUAGUACCUCUCUGGGGCACCACCAUAGCAAGCACGCACUUUGGCUUUUACUGCGAAUCCACCUUGCGUGAGGGAUACGGCAUCGCCGCCACAAUUGCGGGCCUUGCCUGUGCAGUCACGACACUGCAUCCCUCUUUUUGCGGCCCAGCUUCCCGGCGGUUCCGAACAGCAAUGUAUCUUCUCCUCGGCCUUUCCUCAUUCCUGCCCAUCGUUCACGGCAUAUGUCUCUUUGGGCUUGGCCAAAUGGAGUGGAGAAUGAGCCUGUCCUACUAUCUCGCACUCGGCCUCUGUCAUGGCACGGGUGCGAUGGCAUAUGCCACCAGGAUACCAGAGCGAUGGACUCCAAGACGGUACGAUGUCGUGGGCAACAGCCACCAGAUAAUGCAUCUGCUGGUUGUGUGUGGUGCGGUGGCGUACGGGCUGGGUGUGCUCAAAGCCCAACAACAUUGGGCAGGCUUGGGCUGUGCAAACGUCGUCUGA